AUGUCAAAGAUUUCGUUAAAAGAUGGAUUAAAGAAGGUGGGGCGAUUGUUUAUGAGCAAAAAAGAGCAAACGAAGCGAAAUUUUCCCACAUUAGAAGGCCAUCCAAGUGCUUUACAACAUGCACAAGAAGCUGUGGAGUCUCACAAAGAUCUCACCCACAAAAUCAAAGCAACGAGGAAGGAGUUCCAAAUUUAUCGAUGGAGCCCAGACAAUCCCUCCCAGAAGCCUUACCUUAAAUCUUACUUUGUCGACCUUUCCACUUGUGGCCCAAUGGUUUUGGAUGCAUUGCAAAAGAUAAAAGCGGAGGAGGAUUCAAGUUUGAGCUAUAGGAGGUCGUGUAGGGAGGGUAUAUGUGGUUCUUGCUCUAUGAACAUAGAUGGGACAAACACAGUGGCAUGUCUCAAACCUAUAGACACCGAUACAAGAAAACCCACAAUGAUUACCCCUCUUCCCCAUAUGUAUGUGAUCAAAGAUUUGGUGGUUGAUUUAACCAAUUUCUAUGAGCAAUACAAGUCAAUUGAACCAUGGCUGAAAAGGAAAAGACCACCGCCGGAAGAUGGAAGGGAGUAUAGGCAGACACCGGCAGAAAGGGCUAGAUUGGAUGGGAAAUAUGAAUGCAUCCUUUGCGCUUGUUGCACAACAUCGUGCCCCUCCUAUUGGUGGAACCCUGAAGAAUUUCUUGGUCCGGCUGCUUUGAUCCAAGCUUAUCGAUGGGUUUGUGACAGCCGAGACGAUUAUGCUGAUGAAAGGGUAACAGCACUGACGGAGAAUGAGAAGCGUUUGUACAGGUGCAGAACGAUCAAAAACUGUACGGCGACGUGCCCCAAGAGUUUGAAUCCGGCGGGUGCCAUCAACAAGAUGAAGGCUAGGCAUUUGCUUUCUAAGCCAGUGGAGUUAAAUGAACAUAAACCUUGA